ACUGGUGUGAGGGGAUCCGGCGGGUGGUGAAGCCGCUGUGCAGGGACCAGCCUGGAGGACAGCACUGCAUUCACUUCAAACAGGACAACAGCAGUGAUGGCAGGAUGGGCAACGACAGCCAGGCUGUCCUGUACAUUUGGGAGCUGGGGGACGACAAGUUCAUUCAGCGUGGGUUCCAUGUGGGGCUCUGGCAGUCCUGCGAGGAGAGCCUCAGCGGUGAAGCUUCCCCAGGCCUCACCAGAAGCUGAGCAGAUGCCGGCGCUAUGCUUCCUGAACAGCCUGCAGAACUAUGAAAAGUGUAGGAGUUUCCAGAGUGUGGUGCCUGCUGAAGAACAAGGUGUUUUGUGGCUGUCCAUCGGGGGCGAGGUCCUGGAUAUCGUUCUGAUACUGGCAAGCGCCAUCCUCCUGGGCUCCAGAGUGAGUUGUUGCAGCCUUGGAUUCGACUGGCUCAGGGUGGAUGCCUUGGUAGCCAUCUUCAUGGUGCUGGCAGGGCUCCUAGGCAUGGUAGCCCACAUGAUGUACACAACCAUUUUUCAAAUCACUGUGAACCUUGGACCAGAAGAUUGGAAGCCUCAGACUUGGGACUAUGGCUGGUCAUAUUGCCUUGCCUGGGGUUCUUUCGCCCUCUGCCUGGCUGUGUCGGUUGCGGCCAUGAGCAGAUUCACUGCAGCUCGUCUGGAAUUCACCGAGCAGCAGUGGGCACAGAACGGCAGUCAGCCCUCUCAACACAGCCUCCCGGAACCCGAGGCUUCAGAGAGCAUUUGGAAAACAGGGGCUGCUCCUCGCCUUGCUGGCCAUGCCUUCAGGAAUGUUUCUGGGCACCUGCCACCAGGUGCCACAGGCAAGGUGUCCAUAUGCUAGCCAGUAUCCAUGGCUGCCACAUCUGCACAGGCAAACAAGCCAGGCACGAGUGCUCACAAUGUACACCCUGCCUCUGAUUGGACUUCAGAAGACUGUCGUCCAGGAAAAGCUUCCAUGCCCACCCCUCCACCUCUCACCUUUUACUAAACUCCUUUGGCUUCAGCCUUUGAUUCCUGUUAAAAUGCCAGUACCUUGAAGUGAGAUAACGCUUACUGAAGAUAUCAACCACUGACACUCUAGCAUAAAAGAGAGAUUCUUAAGCUUUCCUGACAGUGAAUUUGAUAAGGAUUCCUAAGAAAGAGGGAGCAAAACCAGUAGUAAGGGGAAGAGAAGUUGAAGAAAGGGGAAAGCAAGUCUUUUUAACUACAAGGGAUGCAAAAUGUGUUGUCCACAUGGGUUUGUUGAUGGAAAACUCCAGAAAAUGUUUUCUCCUAAUUGACACACACAGUAAAGUGUGUGUGGCUAUCCCAUACUUUCUUUUUCAUUUGAAUCAAGAAGACAGAAAUUUCAAAAUGUUUCCUGUUCUUUUUAAAAUGUUUUUUCUUGGACAUUUUGUGUUUCUACUUAUAGUAAAAUCCAUUUGGAAGGACAGCCAAAUGAUAGAAGUGAAAACACAGUCAAAUGGAAUGACAUCUUAUCUUGGCUAAGUGGAACAAAUGUUUGAAUUGCCCUGCUUAAAUUAAAUCGCCAGCCACUUUGGCUUCUAAAAAUAAUCAUUACCAAACAUGCAGGUGUUGUUGGAGGUGGUGGUGGGCUGCAGAUGUGGUCAGCUGCAUUACUGUAUCAAUUCAUACCAUGUCUAGCUACCAUGCUAUUCAGGCCACAGGUUGUACAACACAUAAUUAUUUUUUUCAACAAAAGAAAGGGGGCUGGGUGUGGUGGCUCAUGCUUGUAAUCCCAGCACUUUGUGGGGCCGAAGUGGGUAGAUCACUUGAGGUCAGGAGUUCUAGACCAACCUAGCCAACAUAGAAACACCCUGUCUCUACUUGAAAAUACCAAAUAUAACUGGGCAUGGUGGUGCAUGUCUGCAAUCCCAGCUACUUGGAAGACUGAGGCAAAAGAAUCUCUUGAACCUGGGAGGCAGAGGUUGCAAUGAGCUGAGAUCACGCCACUGCACUCCAGCCUGGGCAACAGAGCGAGACUCCGUAUGAAAAAAAGGAGAAGAAGAAAAGAAAAGAAAGAAAGGGACUGCAAACUCUAACAACCUUCAGUAUGUCCUUGCUCAGAUCCAUUUUAAAAAUUAUAUUCAUGUGUUUUGUAAACAUACCAUUUCUGGAAAAAAUCCAAUAAAAACAAUCUGUUUGUGCUGAACUGUAACACUUACACUCUCAUAGAACAAACGUGAAAAAUCCAGCUAACUUCAUGUUUGGGGCUCAAGGUGGGCACCUCCUGACAAACGUUUGUUCUGUGGAAUUUUGUGUUUCAUUGCACCAAGCAUAUAUGAAGAAAUACACAAUGGAUUCUUGCUGGAUAAGCCCAAACCAGAGAAUGUAUGCUGGGUUCCCUGGGCCAUUUGCUCACCUAGAGGAGAGUUUGUACCCAUAAGCCUCUGACCUUUGCAGUGUGCAGAUUCUUUUAUAUGGUUUCUCAUCCCUAUGUAUUCAUGUAGGUAGGUCCUGUGUGACUGUCACGAUAUCAAGUCAAAGUUUCAUCCUACGGGGAAGAAAAUACACUGGAGAGAGGCUUCACUGAAUUCUCUCUUGUGAAAAACACUUAUGUGUGAACACUAUGGCUGAGGAUGCUAAGGAAGACAAUUUUUAAAACUAUCUGGAUAAGUUUUUACUUUUAUUUCUUUAUUUUCUUUAUCGACUUUUAUUUUAGGUUCAGCGGGGGUGACAUGUGCAGGUUUGUUACAUGGGUAAAGAAAAAAAUGUUUGGCCAGUGCAGUGACUCACACCUGUAAUCCCAGAACUUUGGGAGGCCCAGGCAGGUAGAUUUCCUGAGGUCAGGUGUUCAAGACGAGCCUGACCAACAUGGUGAAACUCCAUCUCUACUGAAAAUACAAAAAAUUAGCCAGGCAUGGUGGAGAACGCCUGUAAUUCCAGCUGCUCGGGAGGCUGAGGCAAGAGAAUCACUCGAACCCGGGAGGUGGAGGUUGCAGUGAGCCAAGAUCACACCACUGCACCCCAACCUGGGCAACAAAAGCAAAACUCUGUCUAAAAAAAAAAAAAAAUAAAAUAAGAAUUUUGGAGCCACUUGGCCACUUGAGGGCAGUCAACAUCAUCAGAUGAUACACUUGGCCCCUGGAGAACAGAGCCAGUGGUCAGUCAGACACAGGGCAGGAGAGAAGGUAACUGGUCACUGAGGCAAGUCAAAAGCAAUUCUGUGCUACAUCUUCUGAGUUCACAAGGCACUUUGCUUCCUUGUAAAUGUUUUAAAUGUCAAUUGUAUCGAAGUAUAAAACAUGGAGAGGAAAGUAUACAAAUCACAAGUGUACAGCUUCAUAAAUGUUUAGAAAGUGAACACGCCCAGGUAUCUAUGUUCCAUCUCAAGAAACAGAACCAAGGAGCCUCAUUUCAUCUAUCUUUGCCGCAAUACACACCCAGUUGGAUUUUCAUUUGGUGUAAUGAAAUAGUCUAUUUUCAUAUCUCAUCCUCAUCAUACAUUCUACAUGUUUCAAUGCAAAAACUGUUCUCUGUACCCCCAGCAUCUAGAACCAUGGAUGACAAAUGGAAAAUGUUAUAUUUGUAUAUACUCAUAUGUAUAUGUAAGCAUAUGAAUAUGCAUGUGUAUAUACACACACACCCACUCACAUAGACAAUGUCAAAUAGACUCCUUUUUAGCUUUUUAUGGGAAGUAAUACAGCUCAUGAUCGAGAGCAUGGACUCUCGAGUCAGAUACUCUGUAUAUACAUCCUGGUUUCUCACUUUGACCUGGAGCAAGCCCCUUAAUCUCUCUACACCUCAGUUUUGUUACUUGUAAAAACAAUCCUCCAUUUAUUUAUUUAUUUAGAGGUGGAGUCUCGCUCUGUCACCCAGGCUGGAGUGCAGUAGAUGAUCUGAGCUCACCUCAACCUCCACCUACUGGGUUCAAGUGGUUGGUUCAAAGGAAGAUGGCAGCUGACUCAAGGUAGUUGGACAGGAAUGAACAAGGUCUUCGCAGAUGAAGAACUGAGAAUGCGGUAAUCUGACCCCAGAAAGCCAACUAUUUUCCCAGACUUUGUGAAUUCAGCCCUAAACUUAUUAGACUGGCUCAGAGUCUGUAUGACAUUGACAACUUAACUGCCUUUCUGGGAACCCCCCUGGAACCAUCACCCACUUCUCUGGGCUGAGGGACUCCUCUAAAGACCAGGAAUAGAUCAGUAGGCCUACUUAAUGAGAUGGGAAUUAAGUUUGCUCACCUAAAUAUUUUUGAUUCAUUCAACACCUCUGAAGAAUAUGUAUGUAUAAAGCAUGGUGAAGGAGGCAUGGGAGAUACAGGCUCUGCCCUGCCCUCAAGGAGCCACUUAUAGAAACAAGUUAGUGUUGUGUGGCAGGUGGGGUGAGGUGGGGGGUUGUGAGAAGAUCGGAAAAUUGUCAAAUUAUCUGAAGGUUGAAGAACACUUCAGUCAUUUAGAUGUUGACCAACAUUGCCAGUCACUCGUGUUAAGUCUGCAUUGCAUCUGAAAGACAGAAUUUAAAGCUAGGGCAUGAGGAAUUCAGAUUUUUUUUCCAGUUGCCACAUGAAGCAGGAGCGAAACAUCAUCUCACAAUGAAAAUUUGGGAGAAAAGAAAAAGAGCAAUUUGGCCAACAUGGUGAAAUCCCAUCUCGACUAAAAAUACAAAAAUUAGCUGGGCAUGAUGGCUAGCACUUUGGGAGGCUGAGGUGGAUAGUCAGGAGCUCGAGACCAGCCUGGCCAACAUGGUGAAAUCCCGUGUCUGCAGAAAAAAAAAAAAAAUGCCAGGCGCGGUGGUUUAUGCCUGUAAUCCCAGAACUUCGGGAAGCCAAAGUGGGCGGAUUAUGAGGUCAGAAGUUUGAGACCAUCCUGGCCAGUAUGGUGAAGCCCCAUCUCUACUAAAAAUACAAAAAUUAGCCAGGCAUGGUGGCUCAUGGCUGUAGUCCCAGGUUUUUAGGAGGCUGAGGCAGGAGAAUAGCUUGAACCCAGGAGGUGGAGGUCACAGUGAGCCCAGAUCGCACCACUGCACUCCAGCAUGGCAGCAGAACUCUCAAAAACAAAAACAAAAACAAAGGUUAACUGAUCAUGGUGGUGCAUGCCUGUAAUCCCAGCUACUCAGCAGGCCGAAGCACUUGAACCUGGGAGGCAGAAGUUGCAGUGAAUCAAGAUUACACCAUUGUACUCCAGUCUGGGCCACAGAGUGAAACUCCAUCUCAAUAAAAUAAAAUAAAUCAUCAGCCAGGUUUGGUAGCAUCCCUGUAGUCCUAGCUACUCUGGAGGCUGAGAUGGGAGGAUCACUUAAGCCCAGGAGGUUGAGGCUGCAGUGAACUAUGAUGGCACCACUGCACUCUAGCCUAGACACAGAGUGAGACCCUGUCUCUACAAGAAAAAAAAAGUAUGUGCACAUAUUACCUUAUUUCACUCUCACAUCCUUUACUUACGAAUUCCAGGAACAUCACCACACCUUGAAGACCAGCAGGGGAUGUCUUUUUCAUGUUCCAUAAGAGUAGCCUCCAAAACUGUUGACCAAUCCUUACACCAAACUUGACCAGUGUCCUCAGGAGUGGAGCUUGACUUGCAACAAGGAAAGGCAAUGAGGAGAACCAACACAGACUGGAAAUAAAAGGGCCAGGAAGAAAGGAGAAACAGAAGCUAUCAGUCCCAGCAACAAGCCAGGUCUAUUCAAGGUGCUAUAUGCAUCACGUGAUACAUUCUAAUUCUAUACAAUGGUGCGAAGAGGUAAUCAUAUGAGUAUUCCCACUUCCAUUCAAUGGCCAUCAGAUUCAGAAGGUUUAAGUGCAUGCCUGAGGCCACACACAAGUCAGAGCAGCACUGAGAUUCAGACUCAGGACUGUCCAACUCCAGACUUUCAAAGCAUAAAGUCUAGGGAGUUUGGGGGGGGCGGGGGCGGGAGCCACUUUGAAGGGUUGGCUAUGACAGAGCCACAUUUGUCAGAGUGGGAGACAAAUCCUUGCCUCCUCCCCUCCCUAGGUGAGGCUGUCACAGGGCAGGGGCCUGGAGCAUUUUAGGGGGAGAAGAAAAGCUGGAAGGAACCCACGAAGGGAGCCCUUUUCUCUGAUUCAGAGAUGAGCAGGUGCUGAGGCUUCAAGAGCUGCAAUUUGAAGCCAGGUGUGCUUCUGCUUGAGGCCAAGGAGAUUAAAGAUGCCUUAGAGGAGGUGGGCGGGGCUAACUCUGAUCUAGAGUUUAGCUUUCAUAUCCCAGGGUUUCCAGAAUGACCUCCAACUCCAAAUAUACAUUCAUCCUGGUCAGUCUUAGUUCUCAAUUCUUGAAUUAGAAAAUAUCAUAAUUUGGCUGGCUGCAGUGGCUCACCUGUAAUCCCAGCAUUUUGGGAGGCCAAGGCAGGUAGAUCAUGCGGUCAGGAGAUCGAGACCAUCCUCGCCAAGAUUGUGAAACCCCAUCUCUACUAAAAAUGCAAAAAUUAGCCAGGUACGGAGGCAGGCACCUGUAAUCCCAGCUCUCAGGAGGCUGAGGCAGGAGAAUCAUUUGAACUCGGGAGGCAGAGGUUGCAGUGAGCAGAGAUCACGCCAUUGCACUCUAGCCUGGACAACAGAGCAAGACUCUAUCUCAAAAAAGAAAAGAAAAUACCAUAAUUUCAGAGUUAGGCAAAACUUCAGGAUUCUUUCCUACACAGACUAAUAAAGCAGACAGGUAUUUGGAGAAAAAAUCUCUUUGUGGACGGCCAAGUAUGAUUUUGGUUGGAAUAUUCCGUAUCUGCCCUGUGGCAAUUAAAUUGGAAAAAAAAAAAACUAAACUAAACUAAAUCCCCAUGCCCCCUAGUGGAUCUGAGUUUUCAUUAGGUCAACUAAAGCUCCCUGGGAACUUUGCCCAAAUUGAAAUAAAAUUUCAUGACAAAGAACCCUCUGUCCUGUCCUGCCUCUUCUCCAUCAUCAGGGACAUGAGGCAAAAUUGAAGGUGUUCAGUGUUAUUCAACCAAGCUCUGAGGAUCUAUAGGCCAGUGGCUCAAAGAAUCUUUUAGGCUUGUUGAGACCAUCAUCCAAAUAUCCAGGUAGGCAGAAAACUGCUUUCAAAGCAUCAAGUCUAGGGAGUUUGAGUGAGUCAGGAACCAUCUUGCAGAGCUGGCUCAUGGCAGAGCCACUGACAGUAAGUCUGAAAGACAGCAGAAACUCCACCAUAGCCUUCACACAGAGGCUCCCGUCAAUGUCACCAAUGACUCCACAUCACUAAAGCUGACAGGCACUUCUCAGACCCUGUCUCACCUGACCAAUCAGCAGCACUGAACUCAGAUAAUAAUUUAUUAAAAGAGAAACUCGACCAGGUGCAUUGGCUUACACCUGUAAUCCUAACACUUCGGGAGGCUGAGGCAGGCAGAUCAUGCGGUCAGGAGAUCGAGACCAUCCUGGCCAAUAUGGUGAAAGCCUGUCUACUAAAAUACAAAAACUUGACUGGGCGUGGUUGCAUACACCAAUAGUCCCAGUUACUCAGGUGACAAAGGCAGGGAAAUGGCUUGAACUAAGGAGGCAGGGGUUGCAGUGAGCCAAGAUUGCGCCACUGCACUACAGCCUGGCAACAGAGCAAGACUAUAUCUCAAAAAAAUAAAUAAAUAAAACUUUAGACAAGUUAAAUUUAACAGACUUUGUUCGAGCAAAACAAAACAAAACAAAAACCACACAUACAGGUAAAACUAUAUAUGUGCUUUUAAAAGUGAGGAAAUAGGCCGGGCGCUGUGGCUCACGCCUGUAAUCCCAGCACUUUGGGAGGCUGAGGCAGGUGGAUCACGAGGUCAAGAGAUUGAGACCAUCUUGGUCAACAUGGUGAAACCCCGUCUCUACUAAAAAUACAAAAAAAUUAGCUGGGCACAAUGGCGCGUGCCUGUAAUCCCAGCUAUUCAGGAGGCUGAGGCAGGAGAAUUGCCUGAACCCAGGAGGCGGAGGUUGCGGUGAGCCGAGAUUGCGCCAUUGCACUCCAGCCUGGGUAACAAGAGCGAAACUCCGUCUCAAAAAAAAAAAAAAAAAAAAAUGAGGAAAU